AUGCUCCUGGGAAUAAAUGCGCUCACCUGCUUUCCUCUACCCUUUCCUUCUAAUGUGUUCCGGUUUAACUGGGUGGCGACGUACUACCCGCCAGAUCCUUGUAUAAGGCCUAAUGAGGGGGAUCUGACGUGCCUACGGUCGUGUCCCCCUCAGCCUGUAAACCACUCAUGCAUGCCUCCUGCUGGGACAGACACCCGACUGCUCAGUGACGUGUUUCGGUUCCACAAGGUGUACCCUCCGACGUGUGCAUGCACAACUGGACCAUUGCCCUGCCCAUGCACCAACACUACUCAAUGCUUCCCUGAUCCGUGUGCAGUUCCAGGCAACGUUCAUUACAAGAGCCAGGGAUAUUCCACAGACAGAAGUUGUACCCAACUGCCCGUUCAAAGGGCCGAUAAAGUUGUAGAUUUCAGGGCCCCAUGCCCUCACUGUCCCCACGCCUAUUACCCAUCAUACUAUGCGUGCAGGCCGGUUUACAACCGCAAAUACCUCCUGGAUUGUCCAGAACAGGACGGCCCGCCAGCGGAUACUUAA